GACUCAAGGAGCCGACUCACCGGCGAAUGAUUCAAAACUAAUCCAAACACACUGUAUCCACUGCAACACACACCUCGUUCACUCCCACCCACAGAGUAGCGGUCGUGCAGGAGCAUGCAGAAGUGGCCGACGGAGGUGUUGCCUGGAUGUGCAGGUUCUGAUGCUGCAAGUGUCAUCACUGUGAAGUAAUACUGCAAGCAAAUAAAUCAAUGCCAGCAUCACCAGCAAGGUGUGUAGGCGCAGUUAUGUCCAGAAGCAAGAGCUCGGAGUCCGUGAAGGUCGUGGUGCGGUGUCGCCCCAUGAACGACAAAGAGCGGGUUGCAAACUUUGAGAGGGUGGUGUCUGUAGAUGUGAAGCUAGGCCAGAUUAUAGUGCGUAAUCCGAGAAGCGGGUUCACUCAUGAACACCCUAAAGUUUUUACUUUUGACUCAGUCUAUGACUGGAACUCAAAGCAGGUUGACCUCUAUGAUGAGACUUUCAGGCCAUUGGUGGAUUCAGUAUUGUUCGGGUUCAAUGGCACCAUCUUCGCUUAUGGACAGACGGGUACAGGGAAGACGUUUACAAUGGAAGGGGUACGCAGUGACCCAGAGAAAAGAGGGGUCAUUCCCAACUCCUUCGAGCACAUUUUCACACAUAUCUCCCGAUCACAGAACCAACAGUAUCUGGUCAGGGCAUCAUACCUGGAGAUUUACCAGGAGGAGAUCAGGGACCUGUUAGCCAAGGACCAGUCACGUCGCCUGGAGCUGAAAGAGAGACCUGACACAGGUGUUUAUGUCCGAGACCUUUUAUCAUUUGUCACUAAAAGCGUCGGGGAGAUUGAGCAUGUUAUGAAUGUAGGGAACCAGAACCGUUCGGUUGGUGCAACUAACAUGAAUGAGCAUAGUUCCCGUUCUCAUGCCAUAUUUGUCAUCACUGUUGAGUGUAGCGAGUUGGGUCCAGAUGGGGAGAACCACAUCCGUGUUGGGAAACUCAAUUUGGUCGACCUGGCAGGAAGUGAAAGGCAGACAAAAACAGGUGCACAAGGGGAAAGACUAAAGGAGGCCACCAAAAUCAACCUCUCCCUGUCUGCUUUGGGUAAUGUCAUUUCCGCGUUAGUGGAUGGCAAAAGCACCCACAUUCCAUACCGAGAUUCCAAGCUCACACGCCUGCUCCAGGACUCGCUGGGAGGUAACGCCCGAACUGUCAUGGUGGCUAACAUCGGGCCGGCCUCAUACAAUGUAGAGGAGACCCUCACAACGUUACGCUACUCAAACCGUGCCAAAAACAUCAAGAACAAGCCCCGCAUCAACGAAGACCCCAAGGACGCCCUUCUACGGGAGUUUCAGGAGGAAAUUGCUCGUCUGAAGAAGCAGUUGGAGAAACGAUCAGGGAAAAAGAAGAAGAAAAGGCGGAAAAGGAGACUUGGAGAGGGCGGAGAUGAACUGGAUGACGACGCGAAAGACGAAGAUGAUGAUGAUGACGAUGAGGAGGAGGAGGACGAAGGUCCGGAUGGGGAUAAGAACAUAGAGGAUUAUUGGCGGGAGCAGCAGGAGAACCUAGAAAAGGAGAAGAAAGCCAUUAUGGAGGACCAUAGUCUCGUGGCAGACGAGAAACAGCGACUGCUGUUGGAGAAGGAGAAGAAGAUGGAUGAUCUCCGUCGGGAAAAGGAGGCAUCUGAGAUGCUUGCAGCUAAAGUCAAGGCUAUGGAAAGCAAGCUGUUGGUUGGAGGGAAGAACAUUGUUGACCACACUAAUGAGCAGCAGAGAAUUCUGGAGCUGAAAAGGCAGGAAAUUGCUGAACAGAAAAGGCGUGAACGGGAGAUGCAGCAAGAGGUGGAGUGUCGUGAUGAAGAGACCCUUGAGCUGAAGGAGACGUACAGCUCACUGCAACAGGAAGUUGAUAUAAAGACCAAGAAACUGAAAAAGCUCUUUGCCAAGCUACAAGCAGUGAAGGCAGAGAUCCAUGAUGUCCAGGAGGAACAUAUUAAAGAGAGACAAGAGCUGGAGCAGACACAGAACGAAUUAACCAGAGAACUCAAACUAAAGCAUUUGAUCAUCGAGAACUUCAUUCCGUUGGAGGAGAAGAAUAAGAUCGUUUCGCGGGCCAUUUUUGAUGAAGAGGAUGACAUCUGGAAAAUGAAACCCAUUACCCGUGUUCAAGAUGAUCAGCAGAUGAUGAAAAGACCAGUGUCUGCAGUGGGAUACAGGAGGCCGCUGAGUCAACAUGCGCGUAUGGCUGUGAUGAUGCGCCCUGAACCCAGAUAUAGGGCUGAGAAUAUCCUGAUGCUGGAACUUGACUUGCCCACACGCACCACUAAAGAGUACGAGGAACCCAUGAUUGCGCCAAAGGUGGCGGCAGCUUUAGAAGACGCACUGAGAGAGGAGGAUGACAUCCAAGUGGAUGCUUCAGCCCUGGGCCAAGUUGGGUUUAACAAGAAACCAAAAACAAGCCGUCCCAAAACAGGCAAGAAGCUGAGCACCCCCAUGUCAGCCCAGAGCCCCUCCAGCUCAGGAUCCCCACUCUAUCCCCAGUCUCGUGGCCUUGUGCCCAAAUAACACCUCUACAUCCUUAUUCCUUCUCCAGAUCCUUUAGACAUUUAAACAGACUAGACUUUUGGCCAUGGUCUGGAACUAUAUGCUGAAGGUUGUUGUUAAAAUCUCCAGGUUAUAAAAUGUAUCCUUAAAUGUAUAAAUCAGGGAUGUCCAGUCUUAUCCACAAAGGUCCGGUAUGGCUGCAGGUUUUCAUUCCAAACAAGCAGUAACCACAACUGAUCCCAUUGCUUUAAUCAGCAGAUCUCGGCUUUCAGUAGUCUCACAUGUGGCUACUGCUCGGUCAGAACGAAAACCUGCAUUCACACCGGCCCUUCGCGGAUAAGUUUGAACAUCCCUGGUAUACAUGACUGGGUAGGCAGACCAAGACAUGAUUUCCUCUCCUCACUUUCUAUUUCCCCGGCCCACCCCUUCGAAAGUAAUUAGGACUACUUGCUCGGUUUCUGCUGCUGCUGACUGGUUUAAAACACUUAUAAGUGCAAUCGCAAAUGGAAUUAAAUAAUGAUUAAAAACCCAUGAGCUUUCCUGAAAAGGAUGAGCUAGCAGGUUUUGUGACCUUUUGUGUUCAGAGGCAUGUUACUGUCUCAUCAAAAACUGAUGCAUCCUGCUCCUGUACUUAGAGUGCAGUGAGAGUGCCGUUGGCAAGAACUCCAUUGUAUGUAGAUGUAUGGUAGGUUGUAUCUAGCUAGGUAUGUAUUACUAUUAUUAUUAUUUUUUAAUUAUUGUAGAUUUAACAAAUUGAAAGGCUCACCUGAGGAUUACACUGGGUGGGAGCAAGCGUUCCAUCCGUUUGCCUCCAAAUAUGCGCUGUAGUGUUAUCUGCUGAGCGAGAGAGCACACUACAUUCCAGCUCCAGUUUCCAGCAACACCUGCAUCCUUCCUCCUUUUCCUUUUAGCACUAAGAACCAAGGAUGUGAGGAGAGGAGGGGGUCAGGGAUUAGGUGUGGAUUGAACUGACGUCAAUUAAGCUGUAAUGCUGUUCUAUUCGAGUCACCCAAGUUGGAAGGACUGGAGUGGGGGAACUUAACAACACAUACUGAAUAAUCAGGGUUCCAAGGUGCCUUACCUUCCCUUUUUAUACAGAAAAAAAAGACAUUUUAGUCAUCAGAGUGCCCCUUGGAAUAAACAGAAAGCUUUAAAUUCAACACAACAAAAGAGUUUGGGCCAUCACGGUUGUUUUGGAAUAUCACUGUGCUUUUCCUUUCAGAGCAUCUGUAGAUGGUCAUUUUCUGUUACUUCACUUUGCCCCAUAAAAGCCCCUGUUAAUAGCAUUAACAUUUAAAACAACAUUUUUUCCAGCAUCCAUAUUAACACUCUAGGUAUAAAUAUGUGAUGUUGGGAGAAUUUUUAAAACUGACUUUGGUUAACACUAUUUAUCUGCAAUAUGCUCCGUACCCCAACCUCCACCUUACCAAUAAGGGUGACACGAUUGCUUGCUGCUACUGUAGGGUUUCAUCAAACCCAUGUAUACAGUGUGUGUGUGUAUGUAGAAAUGUCAGAACAUAAUUCUCUUCUAUACUGUUGAAAUAAAAAAGAUUAAUACAGUCAUAUAGCGACAUUUAAAAUCCUAACUUAACGUACUGAACCUGUCUGUUUUAUAUUCCAGCGGUUAUAGAUAACCUUUUCUUGUUCCUUGGCAUAGAAUGUAUUGUCCUUUUUUUUUUUUUUCCUCAUUUGUAUUAUUUAAUGUUGUGUACAAAUCUAUUUUUGCAUUAAUGAUUUUUAAGAGACUAUUUCAUGUUCUCUUGUUCCUGUGAUGUCUUCAGAAUUAAUUUCAAGUCUUAGUACAUCUUAAUGUGAGACGGUGUUUAGCUUCUCAAAGUGUUGUGUUGAUACCUUGAUUAAAAAACAACAAUAAAUAGGUCAGGCAUUUUGUUAAGCCAUUUAGGAAAUAAAAACUCUCUUUUUUUAUAAGAAAGAAGAAAAAAAAAGCACUAAUGAAAAUGCACAUCCUCUAUGUAAUGCUUGUUUAAUUCAUUCAGUCAUAUUAAACCAAAACUGAACCA